GGCAGCAUGGUCUCCGACCUUAGCCUGUUCCACAAUGGAACAAACGUACUAAAAAAAAAAAAGUGACAAUCAUCUAAUGUUAUUGUUAUUUAUAAAUUCUAACCAAUAAUAGGAAAUAUAAAAAAAAUUAUAUUGCAAAUGAAUAAUUUAAUAAAACAAUAAAUAUAGUUUUAAUAAUAUAAUUAACAUAACAAUUACAAAAAGAAAUGACAGCCACAUUAAAAAUACAUUUACAAUUCGGUGGUGGAGCAGAGCUGUUGUUUGACAAAAUAAAAAGGCGGGAAGUGGAGUUGCCAGUGUUGAAAAAGUAUUUUCCCGAUUGCCCGAAGGAGAAAUGGACCAUUAGGGAGUUAUUGGUUUGGUUAAAAGAUAACCUUUUGAGAGAAAGGCCAGAGUUAUUUAUACAGGGUGAUUCGGUCCGGCCUGGCAUAUUAGUGUUAAUAAACGAUGCAGAUUGGGAGCUGUACGGCGAAUUGGAGUAUGAAAUACAAGAAAAUGACAACAUCAUGUUUAUAUCGACACUGCACGGUGGAUGAAUAAAUUUUAUACAAAAGU